AUGGACGGUGACAAGGAGCAGAGGAACAAGAGCCACAAGGGCCGGCAGGCUGGUAGCAAGGCUGCCAAAAAGGAGGAAUUUCGCAAGAAGAAGGCAGGCAUCGAGCUUGAGCCCAACCGUGGCAAAAACAGGAAGGCAUUUCAGGGUCCAACGGCAGGAAGUCGCAAGGGACAAAAACUUCUUCGAAGUCUUGAAAAACGCGAGACGGCGCUGCAUGUACCCACAGUGGAUAAGACUCUUCGACACAUUGUGGCGGAACCCCCACUGCUCGUUGCUGUGGUGGGACCACCAGGUGUUGGCAAGUCAACAUUGAUCCGCUCCAUGGUGAAGUUCUACAGCAACCGCAAUGUGCAGACAGUGCGGGGACCCAUCACGGUGGUGGCGGGUCGUAGUCGUCGUGUGACAUUCAUCGAGUGUCCGAACACACUGACGGCGAUGUGCGAUAUCGCCAAGGUGGCGGAUCUCAUUUUGCUUAUGGUUGAUGGCAGUUUUGGCUUUGAGAUGGAGACGUUUGAGUUUCUCAAUAUUUCUCAGGUCCACGGGUUUCCCCGCAUGUUUGGUGUUGUUUCUCAUCUUGAUCAGCUUAGGACUGGCAAGGCACUGAAGAAGCGAAAGAAGUUUCUUCGACAUCGUUUUUGGCAUGAAGUGGCAGCUGGGGCAAAGCUGAUGUGUUUAGCACCCAUGGUGCGUGGCAUGUAUCGUUCCACUGACGUUCUCAAGCUGCAUCGACUCCUCAUUUGCGUGGAGCCUAAGUUACAGAGCUGGCGGAAUACCCACAGUUGUGUGCUGAUUGAUCGCUAUGAGGACAUUACGGCCCCACAGAACAUUGUGGAGGAUGAGAACUGCAACCGCACCAUUGCCUUCUACGGGUACACACGUGGAAAGCCGUUGAAACCGCAACAAGUUGUGCACAUUCCUGGAUUGGCAGAUUUUCCUAUUGCUCACAUUUCUCAACAAGAGGACCCCUGUGCCAUUGAUGAUCACCAAGGCAGUGGCAAUUCACAGGGGCACAAGAUGCGGCAUCUCAGCAUGAAACAAAAACGUAUUUAUGCCCCUCACUGCAAUGUGAGCGGUGUGAUGUACGAUGACGACGCUAUAUACAUCCAGGAGGACGCAGAGAAGGGGAUGAUUGAGCGCUCCGGUGAGGGACUGCAGUACAUAAGAGAACUGCAGCGUGCGAAGCCUAUGGACGCCGCCGCCACGGAUUUGGACGUCGUCCGUCGUCCUGUAGUAUUUCGCGACGAGGAUGCGAUGGAGCUUGAUAUGGAUGAGGUGGAGGCGCCUUCAGAUGAGGAAGACGAAGGCAGCAGCAGCAGUAGCAGCAGCAGAAACGAUGACUUGGAGGAUCGCAUGCCUAGAAAUGACUUGUCUCUUUACGGUCCACAAGAAGUCGACGAAUGGGAGGAUCAGGAGGCCGCGGCGGGGGAUGAAGGUCUCGCACCACGUGGUCGCAAUGCGCCUGACGCCAUCCGGGAGAAUGUCGUGCGUCAUGACUGGUCUGAGACCGCAUUGCUUCGUCGGCUAAAGAACCUCUGCGUCACGGGAGACUGGAAUUGUUCGGCCGAUGCAGCAGAGACCAGCGGUGAGGACCGUCUGGGGAGUGAGGCGAGCAAAGGGUAUGAGAGCGAGGACGAGGAGUUCGACGCCAUAGUCCGCGGCGAGAGGCCACUUACCACCACCUCCGCCCGUGCUCAGUCGGAUGAUGACCACGAAGACCAAUUCAAUGGCGACACGGAGGGGGAGGAAAGGAGGGAAAAGGAGAGGCAUGGACGACAGCGAGUAGACGCACUGGCUGCAGUGGGCAAUGAGUUCUCAUCGUCGUCAACAUGGGGUGCAUUCCGGCCUGCGGAUACAAGACAUCAUCGUGGCGACUGGGGGGAGAAGAAAAGGGGGCACGAUGCGUAUGAUGAUGGCAUUGACGGCAGUGACUACGACAUUCUCGCCGAGGAUGACGCGGCGGUGUGCAAAUCCGCCUUUGCAGACGCCGAACUGGACGAUCUCGUGUCGACUUUUUUGGCGCCGCGACAGGCAACAACAAAAGGAACCACCACAACAAUGGCGGCUGCUUCUGUUUCCGGAGCGGUCUCUUCUCUGCGCAACGACGGCGACGAAGAUGCCAUCCAGUUUUACGACCCACACCAUAGUCGCGUUGGCGAGGAUAAUGGACGGAAUAACGGCGACGGCGAUAACAAUGAUAACAGUAAUAAUAACGACGAUUUGGAGGAGGCAGCGGCUAUUGUGAGUGGUAAAACACUGACAGAAGAACAGGAGCGUCGUCUGCAGAAGAAGAUGGCGAAGAAGAAGGCAUUUGAUGAGUCCUACGACAUGGGCGACAGGAGCAACAC